AUGUCCAAUAAGGCUUCUACGAGGCUGGAAGCGGAGGAGUCGACUGAAGGCCCCGAAGUUCCAACAAAGCACGACACACAGGCUCUAGAUCAUUCUUCGAAGAUACUCAGGGCCCGUAUAGCUCUGCUGUCUACAGCAAUCGGAGGCCCUGACCACAGCUCCAACUUGGAUCCACCGCCUUACCAAAUUGGCGAUGAUUGUUUAGCAUGCCUGAAAGAUUUAAAGCGGUGGUUUAAAUUAGUCGACGAACGGCAGUCGCGAUGGGAUGUAGCGGUUGCAGCCGCCCAGUAUAACAUUUUUACAGAUGAUCUGGUUCCCAUCAUGCUAAAUUGGGAAAAUAGAUAUGCUCAAGCGGCCAAGUCCGCUAGAAAAGUUGGUGGGAAGGUAGAGGAGCAUCUCAGUGCUAAGGUUUACCAUGACAAGAUUGCACUAAAUGCCUUACAGCUAAUGGUGCUUAUGACAUGGCCACUGAUUCUCACUGAUCAGUCGACUCAAAAUCAAGUAGAAUGCUACUCACAGCUAAAGAAGAGCCAGGUAAUUUACAAGAAAUCUGUCUUGAGCUCCCAUAAUGGAAAAGUACUUAAAGCUGCUGUUCGCUUGGCAGUCGAAGUAAUCAAGGUGGAAAAACGCUUUAGGAGUGCCAAAGAUAACGCUGUGCUGAGAUUGGUCCUCAAUUUUCUUCGGAAUAUUGCUGCAAUUGAGCCAAGUGAUCUCACCUUGAGUAACAAAAAAUCUCUUUCCAAAGGUAUCAACUCCACCAACAUGUUACCACCCAACAUUUCGAAGCAAGACAUUUCGUUGGCCGCUGUUGUAGACGCAUUUGGUAAGAAUAAAGUAUUUGGUUUGAUCCUCACCUUAUCACGCUCGAUCAAUCAAGAUUUCGACGCUGCAUUCAUCAAUGUGCCUCUACUUGAAUUGACCUUCUUUCUAGUUAAGAACGUCAAUCAUUCUGUUCUAUUUGAUAUUGACUUGAGAAAGAAGGAUAGGGUUGAAGGAGAAGGGACAGGGCAACUGUCGCGAACCGGUCGCCAGCUGUCAGAACUUCUCAAAAAGGAACAUGACAUGAGAAAAAACGUCACAAAAAAUACCUCUACGCGUCAUUCCCGCUUUGGUACAAUGCUCUCAAUUCAAACCCCUGAUCAAAACCGGCUUACUGUUUCAGGCGCCCAAAAUUUGUUGAAUGAUGAUUCUGCUCUCAAAAAAAUGGAUUCACGCAAGAAAUGGAAUAAAAGAACAGUCUCUGCAAAUGAAACUGUUGAGGGACUUCCAAGUAACUUCAUGACAUUUGAUCUUGAAACUAAUUACUGGGAGAAAGAAACUACUAAAACUUUCAAGCAGUUUAUACAUGAGUUCACUAUAAUUGGAUUUAAUCCGUUAUUCCAGAGCGUAACCGAUAAUUUUACCACUGAAGAUGAUAAGAUGUUAGUUGUUCACCAAAUACAAUAUCUCCUGGUAUACGCGUGGUUUUUAAAGUAUUACAGAACCUCCGAGGGUCAUUUUACAGAUGUCGGAUUUGAGCCUUUUUCUGCUUUGAUUCGUGAAACUGCAUUGAUUUUGAUCGGGCAGCUGCUCCGCAAAGCGGUAGAAAACAAAAUAUGGGCAAUAGUUCAUGCUGGAAUGAUUGCUUUCUCCGAGCUUUUGUCUCUGUUAGAGAGUUUUAAUGAUGGGGAAAGUGACCGCAAGGAACGAGCAGAGUACUUGGUUUUUCAGGAAGAGCGCCUAAAACUCUUCUCCUCGCUACCGCGGACGGCUAGCAACCAUUCCCUAUCCUACAUAAGGAGUUGUAUCAGCUUGCUACAUGUUUUGUUCAAGCUGCUCGAAUCAAAGAGAAUCAGGAGUGAGACCGAAGAUGGUGAUUUUGGGCAAAACUUGAAUGCUAGCACGGAAGAAGCGAAAAGAAUUGCAGAAGAAGAGGGAAUUGAACUAGAAGAGGCGAUAGAAAUAUUGGAACGCGCGUCCUUUAGAUCAAACCUGAAUUUUAAUAAGGUUCAAAAAGCAUUCACAAACGAAGACACGGUUAAAACAUACAUUACUUUUCUUCAGAAUUUCAGAGAAUUAACAGACGACGACAUAAAGAAGCCGAUUCAGUUUCUUUAUAAGAUUCUCAUGUCUCAUGGGGAUGAAAUACUUCUGUUCCGCAUUGAUUUCUUUAUACUUCUACAGAAGAUGCUAGGUCCCACAGGGUUGCCUACACUCUCACGGCCUCGAAGGCACGUAACUCGAUUUGCGGACGCUCUCAUGAUGAAGUUCAAAGAGAGAUUGCGAUCUUCUCCAUCUUGGUUUGUAGGGAUUCUUUUCCCAACCAUUCAUGAAAGAGAGGCCGGCUAUUAUCAACGGCAUGGUACAGUUUUAGACCUGAAGGAUACAGAAAAGGUGUCUCAAGCCAGUGAGUUCUAUCCCAUCCCGGGCGCUGAAGCUUCUGGCGAAGGUUUCGUCCUAGAUUUUAAGUUUGGCGUACUCGUUUCUACUCUUAUCGACAAAGAGAAGGAAACUUGUGUUGAGUCACUUCGCGAUAAUCUGCAACGUUCCAUCGAGAUUUUCAAAAGCUGGCUGCUUAAAGAAGUCGCCAGUAAUAAUGAGUUCGACCACCAGGUGCGUGAAAGCUUCCAGACUCCAUCACCCGUUGUUGAAAGGGCUGUUAAUCGCGAUCCAGAUUUUCGGGCCCUUCUGAAACUCUGCGGUUAUGAUCUAAAUCAGAAAUUUAAACAGCCUUGUUUUCUUCGAACCACCAUCAUCUCGGACCUUGAAACGUGCGCUGAUCUGAUAACCAAAUAUUUAGUCAACCCAUUCGAUACGCCAAGUGGCGAGUCCCCAUCAAGGUAUCUAAAGCGCCCAGGCCAGCUAGAUUCUGCUGGUGAUAGUGAGAUCUACGACUUGGACGAAGAAAGAGAGGGAAUGGUAAGAGACGUAAGCCAACAAGAGGAUGAUUAUUUCCGGUCGCUAACGAAGCCUCAGAUAGAUGAACAGCCACAAGCUUCAGCGCACAAAGGCAUCGCUUUGACGAAAAAGAAGGGAACACUGACAAAAAGACGCGCAAAGAAAACUAGGGCGAGGGACAAUAAUGAUCCCAAGGGCUCAACGACGGACGAUCCUACAGCAGCAUUCAAAAGUCAAAAAGUGACAAGUGCUGAGUUCAUUAGCGAUUCUGAUGAAUCAGACGAGGAGGGUCUGAGAUCGAAUUUUUAUGAGAAUGAAAUGUACAUGAGAUUUUUGCUUGACAAAUACGGUGGGUCCCUUCCCGACCAUAAGUUUGCUCAGUUCGCAGCCUUUAGCGCUGAGAGGAUUCAAAACAACGGAAAACUUGUCAAAGACUACACGGACCUUUUUGGGGGACCUGUUCCCACCCUAUCCGAAUUAAAUGCCAAUGAGGCUACAACAGUGAGCUUGCCCCCAAAGCAUGCAGGAACAGUUUUUUCUAGCAACGAGAUUUCUUCAACCUCACAGUCUUUGAACCAAGAUAUUUUGUUAUCUAAUUCCGAGACUGAAGGUAUUGACAGUUUUCAAUCUCCGACCAUUUCUAAGAAAACGAGAGAAAGGGAGUCCUCAUCAGACGAGGAAGACGACGACGAUGUCGGUUUGUCCAGAAAACGGAGGAUGGUACGAAUCAACAAAACUGAUGACGAUGAUGAUGAUGACGAAUGA